AUGAGGGCGGUGGCAGCGCGGAAGUCAAGUGCUGCCCUGUCACUCCGUGCAGGCUUCAAUGGAACGAAUGUGCUACCAUUCUCCGAGCUUCCGGGCCCGAAAUGGCCAGUGCUUGGAGCCAUGCCAACAAUGAUGUCCUAUGGAUUCAGCAGAUUUUCGGAGUAUUACAGAUACAUGUACAAUACUUACGGUGUCAUAGUUGAUGCCACCGUUCUAGGUGAACCAACAGUCAUCGUGUAUGACCCUCGUGAAUUUCGAAAGGUCUUCCAACUGGAAGGGAGAUAUCCACAAGGAAUCCUCAAGGACAAUUGGGCUCAAAAGUAUGCUUGUAAGAAGACUGGCCUUCCACUUUCUGCCCUUGCCGCGGACGGCGAAGAGUGGCGCACAACCAGGCAUGCCUUGCAAAAGGAUGUUUUCAACGUAGCUGCAGCUACGUCCUAUUGUGGCCCUGUCACUGACGCUGCAGAGAAGGUCAUGACAAGUCUCAAAACCAAAACGCGGGCAGGUGAAGAAGUGAAUUUUCACCACAUCAUGAUGAAUUCAGUGGCGGAUGUUUUCACUGCAGCUGUAUUUGGCAAGAGCAUCGGCAUGAGUGAUGAUUCUGCUAGUCAAGAGCACAGGGUAUGGGUUGAUGGAGCGAUGAGGAUCGUGAGUCUCAUGGCGAAAAUGAUCCUGCAGCCUUACAUCAAGUACUGGCCCGAGGCAUCCGCCACGUAUCGUGAGUUCGAGAGCAUUGUUGUGAAAAUGCAAGAAACCUCAACGAAGUUGGUCAAGGACUGUUUGGAGGCCUACAAAGACUUUGAAGGUCCUGAGGAUGAUUUGCCAUAUGUUGUGCGUGCUGCCCGGCGAAAUGAGCUGGAUCCUGAGAAGUUUGUCUCCGAAAUGCAGGCUGUUGUGGUGGCAGGUGUAGACACGACCUACCACAUCCUUUUGUGGAACAUCUUGAAAUUAGCUUCCUACCCGGCUGCGCAGCAGCGCCUGAGGGAUGAAGUGCACCAGGCCUUAGGGCCUGCAGGUACCUUUACCCGCGAGAAGCUUUCAGAGAUGCCCUAUCUGAAAGCUGUGAUGCGAGAGACCAACAGACACACGCCUCCUGGUCCCCUUUUCACCCUCCGCUUCUUGGAUCAGGAUGUUACCCUUUGUGACUACCAUGUGCCUGCAGGGACCAGGAUCAUCAUGUCUGUUGAGGGCUUGCAAUCUGAUCCGGCCAUUGUGGAUGACCCUGAUCUAUUCCAACCAGAACGCUUUCUCCAAGAUGCUGUGGAGCAACGGAAGGGCGACCCCUUGAAAUCAAUCCUGGACCACAAGUUCUUGGGAAAUCCCUUCGGCUUUGGUGCCCGGAUGUGUUUGGGAGCACGCUUGGCAGAUAUGGAGAUCAUGACUUUGAUGUCAAAAUUUGUUGCGAACUUUGAGUUCGAGGUGCUUCCUGGGCAGACUUGGGAUGUGAAGAUGACCACCAUGAAUGUACCAGAUCCCAUGCCCAAGUUGAAAUUUACCGCCCGCGCCCAACCUCCCGAAUCUCCUCUCGCAAAUGCGAUAUUUUGUGAGAGUAUUCCUGGCAUCAAAAGGAAAUAUGCUGCCCAAGAACAGCAUGAUUUGGCCACAAGAUACCGAAUUCAAUGGCGACAGCUCCUGCCAGAGGCUUUAGACCAAGAGGAGGGAAGUAAGGAGAAGGAGUUUGUGGACGUCGAAGGAAUGGAGGUGCAAGGGCCGUGUAUAGCCAUUCCACUGCAGCAACGACAUCCAGGGCUGCUGCAGCUGCGAGUGUUUCAGAAAGACUUUCCUGACAGCAUUGUUGCCUGGAAUGAUUGGGGAAGAGCUGCACGAAAGGACUUUGAUUGGCUCUCGCGGUCUUCUUUUCCCAUGCCAGUGAGCGUGCCAGCACCUGCUUCACCAACAGCAACAGUAGAGGUAUCUCAGCCAGACGGAAGCUCACUUGUCGUUUUUCUAAAGUAUGUCUUGCCCAUGCAAAUGUCUUCCUGGCUCACCAGUGGCACUUUGCGAUGGCAGUACCGCUGUCGCGAUGCAACUUUCGAGCAUAGUGAGGACUGGUUUGUUGAUUCACUUGAUAGCAUCGUCAAGGAGGAAGACGUUUCCGUGCAAUCACCUGCACUGAGGGGAGAUUGGGACCAUGCUUCGGCAAUCUUUUCUGUGCGCUAUCGUAUGGGGGACAACUGGAGCAAGUGGAGUGCAAGCGCGCCUUGCUCCUUGCUUGUAGCCCAGGAGCCUUUGAAAAUUAGUAUUUCUCCUUGUGAGGAGAGCUUCACAGAGGCAAUUAUUUCACUUCAUGCCGUCUCUGCGACAGGACAUGUAAAGGCUUUGCAAUGUCGCAUCGAACUACAGCAGGACGGUGUCUGGCAGCCUGUGCUCGCUACGGAGGAGCCAUUGGAGGCCCCACUGUCAUGUAAAUUAUUGCAUCUCUGGCCUGGCGAGCGCUAUGGGGUGCGAGUCCUUUCUCGACGUUGGCGAAUCGAUUCAGAGUGGCAAGAACAGUAUGAGGAGUUCAAGCAGCCUUUGACAGGGACCGAGCAUGGGAUCCCUCCUAUUCGGGCUGUACCAGACGACACGCUCGCGGGAGUUGCCGAGGCGAGCGGUGACGAGUCCGAGCCAGUGAGCUGGUACUCCUUCUGGCUUCCUGCCAUGGUGGCAACCUGGGCUGUGGAAUGCUCUUUUGUGGAGUGGAGGAUGGAGGAUGCGGCCGACUCAACGUGGCAGCUGGCCACUUUUCAACGGCCGCCACUCCGAACCGAUCUUCGAAAGGACUCCAGGUUUUCUUCUGGGUCUGGUCUUCGCGUACUGUUACCCCAAGUGGUUCGAACGAUUUUCGUGCGACUUCGCCAUGUUUGUGGCCUGGUCACAUCACCGGCGGUGGUCUUGCCACACUUGACACCUCCCUCCAAGCCCACUGCCAGUCUCGUUGUUAAGGAUUCAGGGCUGGCUGUGCAGCUACACAUCGAUGGCUUGUGGGAGCAUGGUCAGGCGACGCUGUUGCAAUUCAUGGCACUAUUUUCCAACGCAGAUCUUGAGGAGGAAAGUGCCACUGGCGGGUCCCAUUGCGAAGAAUUGCCACUGCUGAGCAUUGCUGGUGAUGCUCCCGCAAGCCCUAAGGGGCAGUACUUGGUCGACUUGGAGGCAGCUGUAACACUGCAUCAAUGA